UUUCUACUAUAGAGAUGUUAAAGAGAGAUAGAUGCGCUGAUUAUAAAAUAACACUGAUUAAAGUACAUAGAGAAAUGUAAGUUGUUAGAAUAAAGCAUGAAGAUUUGAAACACUUUUUGCCUGCUUGUGAUGUUGGAAUGUCCGUGUUUCUUAAUGAACACCAAAAUCUAUCACGGACCAAGUUUUUAUGGAUCUUGAAGAAGAGGAGCAGCUGAGGCCGAGGGGAUCGUCAUAGUGACCAAAUUCCCAGUGAUGGGCCAGGCAACAGCUGAGGGAUCUCCCUGUUCUCAUCGUCUCUCUGUGAAAACUCAAGAGGAUGAGGUGGACCGAGCAGAGAGUGUGCUCAGCAGAUCUCAGUCAGUGUGUGAUGACACGUCCUCUGAGCUUCAGCGAGUAGGCGCUCUAGAACCUCGGGAUGAGCCGUCCAGAAACUCAUUUCGAGGGAGAGGGGCACUGUCAAGAUUGGUGAGUCUGGUGGUCACUCUGAGAGACUGGGCACACAGAAGUCUGGUAGAGGAGGAGGAGAGACCAGACUCCUUCCUGGAGAGAUUCCGUGGACCCGAAGUACGAACCAUUCCAAGCCGAAGAAGCAACAACCAACCAGAUGCCAAUGGCAACACUAAAGGAAACACAAAGAAGACAUGGGAAACAUUUAUUGUUUCUCCUUCUGAUGAUUUAUACUAUUAUUGGCUGUUCUUUAUCGCCGCAGCUGUGCUCUAUAACUGGGUUCUGCUUGUGGGCAGAGCAUGUUUCGACCAACUCCAGACUGAAAAUGCCAUUGUCUGGCUGGUGUUUGACUACAUGUGUGAUUUUGUCUACAUACUGGAUUCAUGUAUGCGGCUAAGGACAGGAUACCUAGAACAAGGACUUCUGGUGAAGGACUUAGCAAAACUCAGAGACAGCUACAUUCAUACAUUUCAGUUCAAAAUGGACGUUAUCUCCAUCCUCCCCACUGACCUGGCAUACAUCAUCUUGAGCAUCAACACACCACAACUACGUUUCAAUCGUCUUCUGCGCUUCUCCCGCAUGUUCGAGUUCUUCAACCGAACAGAGACGAGAACCAAUUACCCAAACAUCUUCCGAAUCUGGAACUUGGUGCUUUACAUCCUGGUCAUCAUCCACUGGAAUGCCUGUAUCUACUAUGCCAUCUCAAAAUCUCUGGGAUUUGGAUCUGAUCAAUGGGUUUAUCCCAAUAUCACCUCCUCAGAGUUUGGAACUCUGAGACGGAGUUACGUGUACUGCUUCUACUGGUCGACACUGACGCUCACCACCAUCGGAGAGAUGCCGCCACCAGUACGGGAUGAGGAAUAUGUAUUUGUGGUCUUCGAUUUUUUAGUUGGAGUCCUGAUUUUUGCCACCAUCGUGGGUAACGUGGGCUCCAUGAUUUCAAAUAUGAACGCUACGCGGGCAGAGUUCCAGGCACGCAUUGACGCUAUCAAACAUUACAUGCACUUUCGCAAGGUCAGCCGUAACCUUGAGACACGUGUCAUCAAAUGGUUUGACUACCUGUGGACCAAUCAGAAAGCAGUGGAUGAGCAGGAAGUCUUAAAGAACCUUCCUGACAAGCUACGGGCAGAAAUCGCAAUCAACGUUCAUUUAACCACUCUGAAGAAAGUUCGCAUCUUUCAGGACUGUGAGGCUGGCUUGUUGGUAGAGCUGGUGUUAAAACUACGCCCUCAGGUAUACAGUCCCGGCGACUACAUCUGCCGAAAAGGAGACAUCGGAAAGGAGAUGUAUAUCAUCAAAGAGGGAAAGUUAGCAGUUGUUGCUGAUGAUGGAGUGACACAGUUUGCAUUGCUAACAGCUGGGGGAUGUUUUGGGGAAAUUAGCAUUCUGAACAUUCAGGGUAGUAAAAUGGGAAACCGCAGGACUGCUAACAUUCGUAGUAUCGGCUACUCUGACCUCUUCUGCCUUUCGAAAGACGACCUCAUGGAGGCCGUGACCGAAUACCCAGAUGCUCAAAAGGUCCUGGAAGAACGUGGGAGGGAAAUUUUGAGGAAACAGGGGCUUUUGGAUGAAAGUGCUGCUGCAAAGGGAUGCAUUCUUGUCAUGGAGACAGACGAGAAGGUUGAACGUUUGGAGAUCUCUCUGGAUGUUCUGCAAACACGUUUUGCCCGGUUGUUAGGGGAGUUCACAGCAACUCAAAGCAGAUUAAAGCAAAGAAUCACAGCGCUUGAGAGACAGCUGUGUCAUACAGGUCUCGGGCUUUUGUCAGAUCAAGAGAUAGACUUUGAUAGUGAUGGCAAUGCAUCACGCUCCAACUCAACCACACAGACGCAUGCACAAAUGGACACUGAGAGGCCAGCCAACACAGAUUCCCAGCACUCACCCAGGAACUGCAGGAGUCAUGACUGAACCUAAAAGCAGAAUUGAUUUACAAAUGCUUUAGAUUUUAGGCUUGGCAAUAAUAUACUUACUAAAUCUUGUUACAAGUACAUGACAAAAGUAAGAGCAUCCCAAUCAAAUACGUAUACUGUAUUCAUGGGGCCUGAUGUAUAACAGUUGCACACACACAAAAUGGCCAUGUUAAGUGUUAUACAUGAGGCCCUGGACUGUAUAAUGAGAAGUGCUUCAUUAAAGUCACAGUUCACAAAAAAUUCUGUCAAAAUGUAUUUACCCUCAUGACGAUUCAAACCUGUAUAUGACUCGUUCUUCUCUGGAACACAAAAAAUAUUCUGAGAAGUGUCUCAGUGGUUUUGUGUCCAUUCAAUAGAACCCACUGCGUUCGAAUGUUGUUUGGUGAUACCAACGUUCUUCAAAAUGUCUUUUUGCAUUUCGCAGAAGAAACUUUCUGAAGGUGAACUUUAAGUUUGUUAAUUACUGUACAUCCCUAACACACACAGAUCUCUAGAUUUGACCGUCUCUGUCAUAUUGAUGAUCAUUCACACUCUCAGUUUUGAAAGUAUUUUAGUAUUGUAAAGAAAUUGCGUACAAAACAAAACUGCUGGUUAGCAAGUCCAAAAUGUUUAAUCAUAAACCUGUUCUUGUUUCAAGUCUGCAUGUUGAGCUCAUAAUAACUUACUCUGCCUUUUGAUUAUACAAAGAUAAAAAUGAAUAAAAUAUUGUAAUUGAUCGCAAUUAUGGCUGUUUGCAACUCUUUCAUAUUCAAA